AUGAUGGCUGAAGGAACACAUAAUGAUAUGAUGCCAGAACAACACCAAGAAGCGGAUAAAGAUAUCGAAAAUAGUUUGGAGCAAAUUGCUCAUGAUGAUUCAGCAAAUGUGAGUGAUUUAUCGAUUUUUCGCUUGUUUUUAGAUUAUUUUGUGCGUUUUCAGAUGGAUUGGGCGAUGGACGAACGAUUGAAACGAAUGAUUGUUGAUUUGCAAAGACAUUGGUUGACAGAUUAUCACAAUUCUCGCGAAAAAGCGUUGGUUGAGUUGACGGAGAAGUUGCAUCAGGAGUUUUUGUCGGAUCAGCAAAAGAUUCGCGCCGAUUUGUUGCAACAGUUCAAGGAGGAAUUGGAGCAGACAAGGUGGGGGCUUUUGGACAGGAAAUCAUUGGGAAAAACUGAUUUUUGGCUGAAAAUUGAGGAGAUCCAGGGUUUUUGAGCUAAAAAUCAUGAUUUUUAGCCAGUAAAACAUGGGAAGAUACAAUUUUCAACUCAUUUUUUGUUUCAGAGCCGAUCUCGAAACCAAAUACCGUGAACAAUUGAAAUCGGAAAGUGCAAAACUCACCGAGCGACACAAACGAGAAUUGGUGGCGUCGAAAAAGAAACAAUGGUGUUGGCAAUGUGAAAAUGAGGUGAGGUUUUGAUGAUUUCGAUUGAAGUUCUCAAAUUUUCACAAUCCCGUUGUUUGAAACGAUUUAGCUCAACUCUGAAAACGUGUUAUGACGUGGCAAAUUUUGAAAAUAUCUUCUGAGACGAUUUACAUGAAGAUCAAGCCUAGAUUUGCAUGGUAACAUCAUUUGUGAAGCUUUGCCACGUCAUAACUCAUAUUCAGAGUUGAGCUAAGUAGUUUUGACACCGAAAUCGUGAUCAGCGGGUUGAAGUUCACUAGAAAACAUAUAUUGGAUGAAAAUCCAGGAAUUAUAGCUGGAAAACUUGAAAAAUCCUAAUUUUUAGACCAAAAUUCAUCAAUUUUCAUAGUUUAAAGCUAACAGUUGGUCGAUUUUUAUGAUUUUUAAGUCAAAAAUUGGUCAGAUUUCGAAAAUUUGAAUUAAAAACCUGAAAAAUCACUAAAAUUUCACUACAGAGCCCAAAAAAUCAUGCCUGAACCUGGAAUCUUUAACCAAACGUACAAUUUUGGCUGAAAUUCCGCGUGGAAUCUGAAAUUUUUGAAUUUUUCAAAUUCCGGCUCUAAAAUUAGCUUCCGGGGUGAAUUUUCACGAUUUUGACUCUCCUUAAUCUGAAAAAAUCACAAAAUAGUGGAACAACCUGGAAUUUUCAGCCAAAACAUCUUCAGAGAUUCAAAAACAUCAAGAUUAUUGAUAUAAUCCCAUAAUUUUUGCAGGCCAUCUAUCACUGUUGCUGGAACACAGCCUACUGCAGUGUCGAAUGUCAACAAGGUCAUUGGCAAACUCACCGAAAAUUCUGUCGCCGCAAAAAGGGAGGAUCUGGAGCCGGUGCUCCAGGAGCUGCUGGAGCAUCUUCAAGUGCCGCACAAUAA